AUGGCAAAUUUCGGAGCUCAGACCAGUCGAUAUAAUCGACUGGUUAUAGUGUUCGUUGCUUUGGGCUCCUUUACCUAUGGUUACUGUGCCUCUAUCAUAGGCAGCACCAUCGGCCAGCCUGGAUGGUAUUCAUUUUUCAAUCUCCCUUCGCAGGACGAGCCCGGUUAUGCCACAGUUACAACAAAUGCAAUUGCUACCGCCAACGGCGUCUUUAGUGCUGGUGGUGCUGUCGGGUCUUUGUUUAUGAUGUGGUCUUGCGAAGCUGUUGGCCGCAAAGUCAACAUUCAAUUUGGGUCGUUCCUUGCAGUUGUUGGCGGUGCGUUGCAGGGAGGGGCAGCCAACUUGAAAAUGUUUCAAGCUGGUCGGCUUGUCUCUGGCAUGUCAAUUGGGAUUCUUGUCACUGUCUGUCCAAUGUAUCUCGCAGAAAUGUCAAGCCCAUUUGUGCGAGGCUGGCUGGUUGGACACCAUCCAAUAUUCCUAGUUUUUGGCUACAUGUUCUCGAGCUGGGUUGGCUAUGGAUGCUACUUUGCAACAGAGAGCAAUCCCACCUUUGCCUGGCGUUUCCCGCUCUGUUUGCAGAUUCUAAGCCCUCUCAUUUUACUUGCGGGUUCUCCUUGGCUUCCACGAUCUCCUCGAUGGCUAAUAUCAAAAGGAAAGCUCGAAGAGGCCUGGGAGGUUCUUCGCCGUUUGCGACGAUCAAAGGGCGACCCAGAUGACCUAGUUGCAAAAGAGGAAUUCGUUCAAACAAAGGAGCAGCUCAAACUUGAAGCUGAAAAGCUUGCCGCCACCGGCCAUGGAGUGUGGACUGCGGUUUUCAAGAAAAAGUCCUACCGACAAAGGAUGAUCAUUGGCUUUCUGACUCAGUGGGGAGCAGAAUUUGGAGGUCCCUUGAUCAUUAAUAAUUAUGCAGUCAUUCUAUACCAAAACCUUGGCAUGAUGGGUCACAUGCCGCUACUCCUGAGUGCCCUAUGGUUGACCACGGCAGGCCUCAUUUACAAUCCCACUGGGGCGUGGUUGCAUGAUAAAGUCAAUUCUAGAAGAACCAUGUUUAUAACUGGGUUUAUCGGCAUCGUUGUAACGACUUCAUGCUUAGCCGCUAUGACCGCUACAUACGCCGGCACGCUGAAUCGGGUUGGCAACGGGUUUGGAAUAUUCUUUAUUUUUUUAUAUCUCGCAUUCCAAGGAACCUUUUGUGACACCACAAUGUACCUAUACGUGUCUGAAAUAUUCCCCACUGAGAUCCGUCCCAUUGGGAUGGGGUUUUCCAUCUUUGGCCAGUUCGCAUCGACGAUCAUUCUCUUGCAAACCGCUCCAAUCGGAUUCGCUCAGGUUGGCUGGAGAUACUAUCUGGUUAUUAUUUGUUGGUCGAUAUUUUUCAUUCCAGUUAUAUACUUCUUCUUCCCGGAAACCGCCCGUCUAACACUGGAAGAAAUCGCGAGAAAUUUUGGCGAAGAAGUUGCAGUUGUCGUUGUAGAUGCAACCGAUGAGGAUAAAAGAGCUCUGGAGCACAAACUUCAGAGCGCUGGAGUGACAAGAUCGACAACCGCUACCUCACGUUCAGAUCCGGAUUCAGGUUGA